CACAUGCGCAGUGCUGCCCUCUGAACAGUCCUUUUUAUGCUCAACGUUGAACGUGUAGCAUCGAACGAGCAUCAAGAUGCAGCUCUUCUUGCGUGGUCAGAACACUUACACCCUUGAGGUGACCGGACAGGAAACUGUCGGGGACAUCAAGGCCCAUGUCCAGACUCUGGAGGGUCUCUUGGUUGAGGAUCAGGUCCUGCUGCUUGCUGGCUGCCCACUGGAGGAUGAGUCCUCUCUGGCUUCCUGUGGCGUCUCUGAACACUGCACCUUGGAAGUAGCUGGAAGACUUCUGGGAGGUAAGGUCCACGGCUCCCUGGCUCGUGCCGGAAAGGUCAGAGGACAAACACCCAAGGUUGACAAGCAGGAAAAGAAGAAGAAGAAGACAGGCCGUGCCAAGCGUCGCAUUCAGUACAACAGGCGCUUUGUCAAUGUUGUGCCCACCUUCGGAAAGAAGAAGGGACCAAAUGCCAACUCCUAAUUCCUUAAAACGGCCGGUCGAUCGUUUUCAAGUUUUUUUUGUUGGCCAAGUCAAAUGUAAAGAAUAAAACAUUAACUUGGA